AAUAAAAUUAUUGUUCAUUGACAAAAUAAAUAUUAAUAAUUGUUUAAAAUAUAGUGUCACAGAUUAAUGUAUGACAUUUUUAAAAUUGAUAAGAAUUUUUAUUAAAAUCCACAGAUAAUUUGUAUAUAUUUAUAUAUGUAUACAUUUAUAUAUGUUUAUAUAUCUGUGUUAAAAUCUAAACGACGGCUGACGCGCUGAUAUCGUUGUUACAUUCACGCUUAGAUCAUAUUAUAUGUUUAUGAUCUAAGCAUUCACGGUUAUAAAUAAUUUUUCACUCCAUGUUAAAACCAUGGAUAUUGUACUAUAAUAUCUAUGGUUGAAACCGUAUCUGUAAUCUGACGUUGGCAACGGGUUUACGUGUGUCGUAUACUCGUAUGCAAGGCAAGCCGUUCCUGUACUAUUCGCAUACGCCAUACAUGCAUUAUAAUAUAUUUAUGACCGUUUGACGUUCGUGUCUUUUCGUUAUUUCGUUAUUCGCUAAAACGGCGUGUUCAGUGUUAAUUUGUUACCUAUUCGGUUUUUCGUUUUGAAGGUUUAAAUUUUAAUUUAGAUCAACGUUUGUUAAUCAUUUUAAAAUGGAAAAAAAUAUGUUUGAUAUUUUUAAUAUACAAAAAAAAUGUAUUCAGAACAAAACGGUUGGUUCUGAUUGUCAAAAUAAUUCACACUACGAUACUAAUGAACACGUGGAAGAACAGAAUAUUUCUACAGAUUCUAACAUUAAUAUUAAUGUUACCGUAGACCUAGGUAACUGGGACUCUGGUCCUGUACGUCCAAAAGUAAAGGAUUAUCCAAAGACAAAAUUUGGCUUGCAGAAUAGGUCUUUUAAUGCAUCUUAUUACAAUGACUACGAAUGGCUGGAAUAUAGUAUUAAUUUAGAUGCCAUAUUUUGCUUUCCUUGUCGCAUGUUUAGCGCAACUAAUCAUUCAGAAGAUACAUUUACCACUCAAGGCUUUAGAAAUUGGAAAAAAGCAAGUUUAUUUUAGUUAUUUCUUUUUAUUAACUGUACCAAAUGAACAUGUUUAAAAAUGUAUAAAAAAAUAUAACUAUGGCUUUGUGGUUUGUGAAUUAUUAUUCUCAUCGGCUUAUAAUAUUAAUUGUUAAAGAAUCAACCAAUAUUUUUAUUUUGUCAAUACUAUAGUUAAGUGGAUCCAAAGAUGGAAAAUCUAAAAAGUCAAAACUUCAACUACAUGCCAGUUGCCUUACUCACAUUAAUGCUAUGUCAAGAUGGGCAGAUCGAAAAAAAAAAUCAUAAAUGUGGUACGAGUAUACAUACAGAAAUAAUAUCUGGACAAAGAGCUGUGGUUGAAUGUAAUAGAGAUUACUUAAAAAAGAUUAUUGAGGUUACUCUAUUUUUGGCACGUCAAGGCAUUUCGUUUCGUGCUCAUAGGGAAGAUGAGCUAUCUUUAAAUAAAGGUAAUUUUAAAGAAACUUGUUUAUUGAUGUCAAAGUUAAAUGAAAACUUUGCAACUAAGUUCCAAUGCAAAACUAACUACACUAGCUGGUCCAUCCAAAACCAACUUAUUGAUCUUUGUGCUAAAAAUAUAGUUGAUCAAAUAGUUGGAGAAAUUAAAGAAUGUGGAAUUUUCAGUGUAAUGUGUGAUGAAGCAAGAUGCUUCAGACAAGAACAACUUUCACUUUGUGUAAGAUAUACUAACGGGUUAAAUGUUGUUGAACGGUUUUUGGGGUUUAUUGAUGUAUCGAUGAAACAAGAUGCUAACGCACUUGCUUCAGCCAUGACAAACUUUUUUGAAAAAAAUGGCAUUUCUCAAUCCAUAGUAGCCCAAUCAUAUGAUGGGGCAUCUGUGAUGUCAGGCCAGUUUAAUGGUGUUCAACAAAAAAUUAAAACUCAGCAUCCAGAAGCAAUUUACAUUCACUGCAUGGCACACAAAGUAAACCUUUUAAUUAUGGAUAUGUGCAAAGUUGUGAAGGUAUUUGUCAUUACCACCAAUAUUGUGUUUAAGUUAUGAUUAUUUUGAACAAUUUGUAUGAAUAUAAUUAUUAAUC